CUGCAGUUUUUAGGUGUAGCGUAGGAAGAGUCCUUGGACCAUUCGGUUGCCUCUGCGAGACUUGAGGUUUCGCUAAACUUGUCGAUUACUUCUCUGUAGUAUUAACGUGUCAUCGCUUGUAUCCCCGAGCAGAGAAGCUGCACUAAUCCCACGAUGAGUUUCUUCGCGAAAUUGUUUGGUGGAGGGAAAGCUGGCGAGAAAGCACCUUCGCCAGGCGAGGCGAUUCAAAGAUUGCGCGAGAUCGAAGAAAUGCUUAAUAAGAAGCAGGAUUUUCUCGAGUCGAAAGUCAAAUUAGAACUAGAAGCUGCCAAAAAGCAUGGAACGAAGAAUAAGCGAGCUGCCCUUGCUGCUCUGAAGCGGAAGCGUAGGUAUGAAAAGCAGCUUACCCAGAUCGAUGGCACACUCACCACCAUCGAGUAUCAGCGAGAGGCACUUGAAAAUGCUAACACCAAUACAGAAGUUCUCAAGAUUAUGUCCCUGGCUGCAAAGGCUCUCAAGAAUGCCCAUGAGAACAUGGAUGUUGACAAGGUGCACGACCUUAUGGAUGAAGUACAAGAACAGCAGGAGAUUGCCAAUGAGAUUUCAGAGGCCAUAUCUAAUCCUGUUGCGUUUGGCACAGAUGUUGAUGAGGAUGAACUGCUUGAGGAACUGGAGACCCUAGAGCAACAGGAACUUGAUCAGAAACUCAUCGAUGUGGCCGGACCGGCUGCUGAGGACCUUCCCGAGGUUCCUACUGCAGAACCUACCAAAGCUCCUGCAGCCCCAGCCAAGGCAGCAAAAGUGCAUGAAGAAGAUCCCGACAUGAUGGAACUUGCUAAAUGGGCUUCUUGAACAAAUGGCCGCUUUUCACAUUGCCUGUUUCUUGAUGCCUGCAGGCAGCACUUUCAGAGUAAUAUCCCUUGUCCCUGGCAACUGCCACUGGAAUGAUUCAGUCACUUUUGUUUGUUGGUUAGCUGCAAGAGUUCUGCCAGAGGAAAGCUUAUCUGCAUGAUGUCAAGACAAAAACUGAUUGCUAUCUAAAAAUGCUGCCUUGCUGUACUUGCACAAGAAUAGGACUUUGCAUGGUAGGGUUUUUUUUUUUGUCUAAAUCAAAUCAUGUACAUACAGUCUUCAGUUAAUAAAUACAGGUUUUUAACCACGGUUCCAGCUUGAGCGGAACUUUGGUUUGCUUGAAUAAACUUGGACCUUUCUGGGAA